AUGGUGCUGGGUCUAGGCAAGAAAAAGAGCAAGCUGCCGCAAGCGUCCACUUCAUCAGCUGCUGUGCCACCGCCUGCUAACGGCCAGCCUGAUGUAAACAGACGUGGUUCGUCUCGACCUGUCAACGAAGUACCAGAAAAAGGCCAGAACCCCAUAGCAUCAGGCCCCUUCAAGUAUGGCAAUGAUGUCUCCAAGGCCAACGUCGACGUGGCCGGCCUCCCAGUCAACGUUUUUGGUCUGGACGAGCUCGCGCCAGUACCGUCUCGAGCAAGUGCACCUCCACCGCCGCCGGUCUGCAUCGUGAUUCACAUGCACGGACGAGGUGGGUCCGCUGACAACGAAGAAAAGAUCGCUCGUCAGCUAUACGACCGGAUUGCGCGCGAGAAAGCCGACUACCAGACCCAGCAGAAUGACGGUCUAGUCGCCACCUCUUCCAUCCAGCGAGACCAUCUCGUUGUCACGUUUGAUGCUCGCAACCACGGCCACCGCACCACAAAUCCGGAAGGACAGAAAGCAUGGAAGCAGGGAAACACACGUCACGCCAUGGAUCUGUACGGAAUGAUUGUAGGAGAUGCGCGCGAUGCUUCCUUCCUGGUUGACUUUUUAGCAUCCUACCUCUUUCCACACGACGAAAGAACGGUGGCCGAGUGGGUCAUCACGGGGAAAUCACUAGGCGGACACUCUACAUGGCACGUCCUCGCCGACGAACCGCGCAUCAAGAUCGGUGUACCAUUCAUCGGCAUGCCCGACUACUCUCGUCUGCUCGCAUCGCGCACCAAAACCUCGUUCGUGCCCAACGCACCGCCCUACGUACCAGCGAGUCUCAAAGCACUCGUCGAUAAGAUCGACCCAGCACGCACCGCCUACGACAGCUUUGAUUCGAGAAGAAACCCGUUCUGGGGCAAGAAGAUCUGCGUGCUGAGCGGUGCCAACGACAAGCUAGUGCGGUGGGACUGGAACGAGGAUUUCCUCAACGGGCUUGUUGUCGGCGAACCAACAGGGGCGAAAGGCGAGAUGCCUGGCUUGAAGAUCCAUCGCAGACCAGGCGUGGGGCACGAAGUGACAGAGGAGAUGGUCGAAGAGGCAGGCGAGUGGAUCUGGAGGUGGGGCGUUGUGGUGCCUCUUUGA